CCGAUCACGCCAUGUAUGGAGGCGUUCGCUCGAUGCAGAAAAGUCCUUGAGGAGGCUCCUAGAACGCAGGCAACCCACCCGACCCAACCCAAUCCAGCUCGUCGAGCACCGAAUCGCGGAUUUCUUCCUAGUUGCCGCUAUCGCUCGGCUCGCAGCGCUAGUUUCUCGGAAGUGUUUGGUCACCGAUCGAGAGGCGCGCGAUCACCGCCGAUGGGCUCAGUCUCUCGCUCGUUCUCGAGGGACGAGUUCACGUUUCCCAAUCCUCGAACCAUGUUCUACAGAUUCUACGAUCGGUACCGGAUCUUCAACGACCGCCGCUUCAGGCCCUUCCCCUUCGCCUUUUACUGGGAGGACUUCAGCGUGCCGGUGCUCACGAUUCUGGACGUGGACCCGUGCAUCGGCGAGAACGGCGCGAAGCACAGGACGUCGAGGUACGAGGCGAUGACUCGGCGGGGCGACGGCUCGAGGCUCGUCGUGAGACGCGGCCAAGAGUUCUACCUGCACCUCGCCCUGUCCAGGGAUUACGACCCGAACACGGACGGUAUAUCGCUGGUGUUCACCGUGGACGGGGCUGAGAGGCCGCAGUACGGCCACGGCACCCUCGUCGCCACCCCCGUCCUCUACCCCGGCCAGCGAUCCGAGGCUUCUUGGCAGGCUUACAUCGACUCCCUUCACUCCGAUUUCCUUCGACUGAAGAUCGUCCCCGCCCCCGACGCGAUAAUAGGCAAGUGGAGGAUGGACAUCGACACGAAGAACAAGAGCACGGACGGGGCGGUGAGUUACACGAUGAAGAACCCGUUCUACCUCGUGUUCAACCCCUGGUGCCGAGAGGACGCGGUUUACAUGGAGGACGAGGAGGAGAGGCAGGAGUACGUGAUGGCGGAGGACGGGCUGAUAUGGCGCGGCAGCUACAAUCGGCCGAGGCGGACCGUGUGGAAGUACUCGCAGUUCGAGCGAGACAUAUUGGACUGCGCUCUGCACCUGAUGAUCGAGGUUGGCAGGGUUCGGGUCUCGGCCAGGCACGACCCCGUAGUCAUAGCGCGCGUCUUGUCCGCGGCCGUGAACUCGCCGGACGACAACGGGGCGGUGAUGGGCAACUGGUCCAACGAUUUCGGGGGUGGCACGCCGCCCACCAAGUGGCUCGGCUCGCAGAAGAUACUCCAGCAGUACUACAAGACUAGGAAACCGGUCAAGUACGGGCAGUGUUGGGUGUUCUCGGGCGUGUUGGCGACCAUUUGCCGUGCCCUGGGACUGCCGUGCCGCGUUGUGACCAAUUACGCGAGCGCGCACGACACGCAGAGCAGCCUCACCGUCGAUUACUUCGUGGACGCCGAGGGGAAAGCGAUGGAGGAGUUGAACAGCGACUCUAUAUGGAAUUUCCACGUGUGGAACGAGGUGUGGAUGAAACGGGACGACAUAUCGGCGGAGUAUUCCGGGUGGCAGGCGAUCGACGCAACCCCCCAGGAGUUGAGCGAGAACGCUUACCGGUGCGGUCCUGCCUCCGUGAUCGGCGUGAAGAGGGGCGAGGUCCUUCGCCCUUACGACAACGCUUUCCUGUUCGCCGAGGUGAACGCGGACAAGGUGUUCUGGCGGUACAACGGGCCCACGCAGCCGUUGAAGCUGAUCCGGAAGGACGCUCACGGAAUCGGGCAAUUCAUCAGCACGAAAGCGGUGGGCAGGUGGACGAGGGAGGAUAUCACUCACACCUACAAGUAUCCGGAGAAAUCGGAGGAGGAGCGGGCCGCCAUGUUGAAAGCGUUGCGCCAGAGCCAGUCCCUGUUCAGUCGUUAUUAUCUCAACGACGAAUUUAACGACGUCACGUUCGACUUCGAGCUUCGGGACGAUAUCGUGAUAGGACAACCGUUCAGCGUGGUGCUGUUGAUCAAGAACAGGAGCGACCGCAACGAGUACGAGGUGUCGGUGAUCCUGAGGGUGGAGACGGUGCUGUACACGGGGAGGGUCGGCGACGCGGUGAAAAGAUGGAGCGUGGACCGAGUGGUGAGGCCGGGGACGCUGGAGGAGGCGCGCAUGGACGUGUCGUGGCAGGAGUACGGGCCCCGAUUGCUGGAUCAAUGCGCGUUCAACGUCGCCUGCCUCGCCGCCGUCAAGGACACCAAUUUCGAAUACUUCGCCCAAGACGACUUUCGCGUGAGGAAGCCCGACAUCGUGAUCACGGUAAGCGAUCCCGAGUCCCGAAAGGAUUGUCCUUACCGAUUGGGAGCAAUUUCCGUAGUUGGAGAACGAGGCGGUGGCGGGGGACGAGUUGAGGGCGACGGCCAAAUUCCAGAAUCCGUUACCGAUCCCGUUGAACAAGGGCCGUUUCCUGAUCGAGGGGCCGGGUUUGGACGAGCAGUUGAAGGUGAAAUUGUCGGAGGCGGUGAGAACGGGGGCCUACGCCGAGUGUUCCUUCUCCAUGGUGCCGAGAUACGAGGGACGCGCCACGAUAGCGGCGAAAUUUUACUCCAAGGAGCUCGAGGACGUGGACGGUUUCGUCAAUUUUAUGGUGAAACCGAGCAACGAUUAAACUCGUCACCUUUUUCUUUCUUCUCGUAACGUUUGUUACGUUUCUUUUUUUUUCUUGUUGCCACGAAUAAUAAAAGUUUUGAAAGAUUGCUCGCUUA